GUAGGCCUACCAAGUAAGGUAAGUCCGAUAACGCGCAACUGCAGCAUAUAUACAUGUAUUCGACAGAUGUAUUCCUUAGGUUAAAACCCCUAAAUGUAACGAGGACAUUUUAAACUAGGCCACAUUGUUACUUCCUUCCUCCUCCGCAUGAAAAAACGAAACUGAACAUUCUGAAAUUCUAUCAUCACUGAGAGGAGAGCGUUGAGCAACUGAGAAGAAAGACGCUUCGACUGACUUGAGAUUUGAAGAAAUGGCAUUUUAUAACCAAGAACCUUUUCAUAAUCCGAGACUCCCUUUCACCGGCACUAUCCAAGGUGGGCUGCAGGAGGGGAAGACGAUCACUAUUACUGGGAAACUUCACCAUGGGGCAGACCGGUUCCAUGUGAAUUUGCAGUGUGGUUCUAGGGCAGGGGCGGACAUUGCCCUUCACUUCAACCCACGAUAUGACAGUCACCCUGGAUAUGUGGUGGUCAACACCUUGCAGCAGUCCAGAUGGGGGACAGAGGAGCGGAAGCAGCAUUCCCCCUUUCAGCAUGGCUCUGGCUUCAGCCUCGUGAUCACCGUCCAGAGGGACGGCUUCCAGUUGAAUGCGAAUGGGAAACAUUUCAUGACCUUUAAGCACCGUAUUCCGUUUGACGCAGUGGACACCAUCUCAGUCGAGGGAAAAGUGGAGGUGACCUCCAUCGCCUUCCAGAACCCUGCACCCACCUUUCCUGCACAGCCAGGAUUCCCUUCUUAUCCGGGAUUUCCGGCGCAACCGGGAUUUCCGGCGCAACCGGGAUUUCCGGCGCAACCGGGAUUUCCGGCGCAACCGGGAUUCCCUUCUCACCCGGGAUUCCCUUCUCACCCGGGAUUCCCUUCUCACCCGGGAUUUCCCGCGCAACUGGGAUUUCCCGCGCAACCGGGAUUUCCCGCGCAACCGGGAUUUCCCGCGCAACCGGGAUGUCCAGCUGUUCCAUACAAGAACAUGAUCAAUGGUGGACUCUACCCUGGACGCACCAUCAACAUCCAAGGAGUGGUUAACCCCAAUGCAAAUAGGUUUAAUGUUAACCUACUCUGCAACUCUGAGAUUGUGCUGCACUACAACCCCCGAUUUGACGAGACCCUAGUGGUACGCAACAGCAGGCUGAGGGACCAAUGGGGAAAGGAGGAGCGCUCUGGUGGAAUGCCCUUCCACAGGGGCCAGGCCUUCACGCUGUCUAUUACCUGUGAGGCUCAGUGCUACAAGAUAGUGGUCAACGGGAAUCAGACGAGCACCUACAAACACCGCCACACACUCCUCCAGCAGGUCAACGUUCUGGAGGUGGAUGGAGACCUCAGUUUGACCUCCGUGAUGGUUUAGGGCACCUCUGACCCAAACCACCACAUAUCUUUUUGAUCUGUUCUUGCCGCAAUAAAAAUUACAUUCACUUUG